AUGGAUCCUAAAUAAACUUAUCUAACUUGCCUUAUAAGCGAUAAAAACAAGGUUAUAGAAAAAUAAGUUAAAAAAGAUUUUCCAGCUAUUUAAGAAGAAUUGCAUAAAAUAAAUAAGGAAGCUUAAUGGAUUAUGUCUGAUUUUAACUAUCAUAUUAGAAUAGAUUAAACAAACCUUUCUUCAUGUUCGAAGUUGGUUGCGGUUUAAUAAAAUGAUGUAUCUAUGCUCUUAGAAGACCGCAUUAAACUUAAAUAAUUAUAGGAAAAAUAUGAUAAACUUUAUAUUGAAUUCCAAUAAGAGAAAUAAAACGCUGAAAAAUACAGAAAAAUGUAAAAAAAUUUGGAAUCUGAAUUUUUCCAUUCAAGUGACUUAAAAAAAGAAAUAUUUACUUAAAAAGAGUAAAUUAAACAUCUUGAGGAAAUGAAUUUACUAUUGCAAAAUGAACUAGACGAAAAUCAUAAGCAUUAUGAAGACUAUAAAAAAAAUUCUUAAAUAACAAUUAAAAUAUUAAAUAAUGAUUUAUCUAAUUUGAAUCUAAAAAAUCAAUCUUUAGAAUUAGAAAAGCAAGAGUAAUAAAAAGAAAUAUCCAAUUAAUCCUAAUAAAUAAAUACUUUAGAAAAAGAAAAUUCUAACUUGUCUGAAAAUAACAAAUCUUAAUUAUUAGAAAAGAAUAAAUCUUUAGAAAUAGAAAAAAUAUACUUAUCUGAAUAGAUAAAAUAAUUAGAAAUAGAAAAGAUAAACAUAUCUGAAAAGUUCAAAUUGUAGGAAAUAGAAAAGAAUAACUUGUCUGAAAAGAUCAAAUUUUUAGAAAAAACUAAAAAUUAAAUUUUUUCACAAGAUCAACUCUUCUAACUACUUGAUGAUUUCUAUAAUAAUGAUUAAUGUUACCAAGAGAAUGAUAAUAAAAAUAGAUAAGUAUAAUUUUUAGAUUAAAUGCUUUAAAAAAAAAUUUUAGAUGAAUAAAUAAUAGAUCAUAGAGAAACAAAUACGGUUAAUUUUCAAUUCAGAUUAUAACAAAUAUCUUUAAAUAUGGAAAAAUUUAGAGAAUCUAUUAAUAAUAAUAUAUUUUACAAACCAUCAUAUAUAGAAAGAGGUGAAGAAUAAAACUUGAGUAAAAAAGCAUUUGAAAUUUUAAAGAAUGGAUAAACUUGGUUGAUUGAAGAUAAUUAUACGAUGUUAAGUAUAAAGAUGAAAAAUUAUCAAAUACCUCUAAAUUAAGAAUAAAAAGCAAUAGAUAUUAUAAAUAAUUUAUUAGUUGUAGAAGGAUUUAUGCAAUUAUACAAGGAAGAUUUAAAAAAGAUUACAGAAUGUUAAUUCAAAUAAAAAUAAUUUGAUUUAUAAUUUCCGAAAUAGUUUUUAAUUUAAGAUGAUCAGAAUUAAUUCUAUGUUUGCGAGCAAAUAGUUAAAGAUUAAGCAAAUUAAAUAUAUGAAGCAUUUAAUAAAGAGACAGAGGUUAGUUAAUACAUUAAUUCAUUUAUAUUAUAUUUCUAUUAUUGCUUGAAUAAAAAUUGUGUUAUAACAAAAUAUGACUUAAAUUAAAACUAAUAAAAUUAAAAUCUUAUACUUUCUAAUAUGAUAAUCAGCUCAAACUACUUUAAAACAUUAAGUUUACUUGAUGAAGGGAAAAAAGCUGUAGAUGAAUUUAAAGAAAAAAUAACCCAAGAACAAUCUAAACUAGAGGCUUCAAAUUUUUGGACUAAAGAAUUAUAAAGAGCGGCCUAAAAAUAAUGGUAUAAUAAAAAAUGA